GGGCUAGACUGAAAUUUGCGCGUCUCCGUAGGCAACUUUCCCGCCUUCAACCUCUCAAGAUUUGGAAGCUCCUUCUGGCGGGCAGUUGCUUCCUUGGGGUUUUGGUGAAUGAAUAUAAAGAAAUUGGAAGUAGUGCUUAUACUUCUUUGAGACCAAUACAGACUAUAACUUUGGGGAAAACAGCUAAGGUUUAUCUUUCCCCAUUUUCGCUCAGCAAUUCCAAGCUAGCACUAUUUAAGUUGUCCAGAUCCCCGUUUGAAAGUAAUUCUCACAAUGCAGUGGCUCAUAAGAAGACUGACCGGAAGAAGACGUGUAGAAAGGUUUUAACUUCAGAGAUGAAGGCCGUGUCUUCCAAGGCAGAACCCGUUCUGCUGAAGCCAUCCAAGCUGGAACUCCAGAGCACCGAAGAAUCCGUGCCUCUCAGUGUGGACAUGGGAAGCAGCGAUGAAGAUGGCGUCCCGGGCCUGGAUGAUUUUUCAGGAUUGUCACCUUAUGAGAGGAAGAGGUUGAAGAACAUCAGAGAAAAUGCAAACUUUUUUGCUUCCCUUCAGUUAUCUGAGUCAGCUGCAAGGCUUCGUGGAAUGAUAAAGAAGAGCCAGCCGACUGAAUCAAAGAGAAAGAGGCCUAAGAAGAAAGAAAAUGAGAUUGGCUGUCGAAGGUCCAUGCGAUUGUUGAAAGUAGACCCUUUGGGAGUUCCCUUGCCAGCAGCUCCAGCAGAGCCUACAUUGGAAGAAGAAGAAAAUCCUUUGUUACCUCCUGGACCCUUAGAAAUGAUUCCUGAAAACCAGGAUGACAGCAAUGAACUGUUCAAAGCAUCUUUGAAGACAUGGGCCGAGAUGAGCAAGACAAGUAAGGAGAGGACCAAGGAGGGACUAUCUAGCAUUAAAAGCUACAAAGCCAGUUUAAGUGGUAUGGUCAUCAGUGAAGGUACAGUUCGUAAAGUGACCAGAGGUGCCAUCUCCUCUGUGGCCCUCCAUCCAUCAGAAGUGAGGACCUUGGUAGCAGCCGGGGCCAAGUCUGGGCAAAUCGGACUUUGGGAUUUGACCCAGCAAUGUGAAGAUCAGGUAUAUGUUUUUUAUCCCCACAGUCAGCCCGUUAGCUGUCUUUACUUCUCACCCACCAAUCCAGCCCACCUACUGUCCCUGAGCUACGAUGGCACGCUGCGAUGUGGGGACUUUUCCAGUGGCAUUUUUGAAGAGGUAUACAGAAACGAGGGAAGCAGCCCCUCGUCCUUCGACUUCCUGGCAGAAGAUGCUUCCACUCUGCUCGUGGGACACUGGGAUGGACAUCUGUCACUGCUAGAUAGACGGACACCUGGGACUUCCUAUGAGAAAUUUUUUAAUUCGUCUUUGGGAAAAAUAAGAACUGUUCAUGUCCACCCAGUGUCCAGGCAGUAUUUUAUCGCCGCAGGAUUGAGGGACGUUCAUGUUUAUGAUGCGAGGUGCCUGAAUUCCAAGAGAAGCCAGCCUUUGAUCUCUUUGACUGAGCACUCGAAGAGCAUUGCCUCGGCGUAUUUUUCACCCGUUACCGGUAACAGAGUGGUGACCACUUGUGCCGACUGUAAGCUGAGAGUCUUUGACAGCAGCGCUCUAUCGUGCCAGAUUCCUCUCCUCACUACUGUCAGGCAUAACACUAUCACUGGGAGAUGGCUAACGAGGUUCCAAGCUGUGUGGGACCCUAAACAAGAAGACUGCUUCAUAGUUGGCAGUAUGGCCCACCCACGGCGGGUGGAAGUCUUCCACGAGACGGGAAAGAACGUGUAUUCUUUUUUUGGAGACUGUCUUGUGUCUGUGUGUUCCCUCAGUGUUAUGCAUCCUACCCGGUAUGUUCUGGCUGGAGGUAAUUCCAGUGGGAGGUUACAUGUUUUUAUGCAUCAAGAAAGCUUCUGAGCUAUUGGGUAGGUUCAACAGUUUGCUCAACAGUUUGCUCCAAUUGUGUGGCAGAGGAAGCGAGCGCUUCUCUCAGCUUCGUGUAUCUGUUUGGUAAUGGGUUAUAUUAAGCAGCUGUAACAUUGCUUUCUCGGUGAGACUGUAGAGAAUGUAGCAUUAGCAAGGGAGGACCCUGAAGGCCAUCUCUAGAGGAGGAGGGAGGGGCCUGGAGCAGAAGCUGGAAUGCUUUCAGCACUUGGUUCUGAGACAGGCUCUUGUGUGGCCCAGGCUGGCCUCAGACUCUGUAGCCAAGGAUGACCUGGAACCCUGGAGCCUCUUGCCUCUACCUCUGAAGUGCUAAGAUUACAGGCUUGCGCCGCUGCACUCAGCAUCUUUCAGCACUUUUAAUUAGGCUGUAUUUUGAGAAAUUCUAUCAAAUGAUAAAGCUUUGAGUGGUCAGUAUUAACUUUUCUGUAAUAUAAUGAGACCAUUUUGAUGCAAUAGCGAUCUAUAGAUCUGUGAUUUAUUUUAUAGUUUGGGGUGGAUACUGGAAUAGGUCCUAAAAGAUCAUCUAAUUAUGAAACAUUAUUAGACCCCAGGGACUGUCACAUGCUAGGCAAGUAUUCCACUGUUGACUCACCCCCACCUUUGGAACUUAGUUCUGCUUUGUUGAUGUUUUUGAGACUAGGGUUUGCUCUGUAGCCCAGGCUAGCCUUGAGCUUCAAUCAUCCUGCCUCACUUUUCCAAGGGCUAGGACUAUUGGUGUUUACUAACAUGCCCAGCCAGAACUUAGUUUUGUAAGCUAAGACCCUGUUUUGGGGUCGUUGUAUCUCAGUUCAGUGUCACAUGAAAUCCCACAGUAGUCAUUGGGAACCAUUGGUUUCUGUGACUAGGGCCUGCAUCUGCACACCUCCAGCUUUGUCUGCCUUCUGGGCAGCUCCAGAAAUGAGCUGCGACUGCACAGUGUUUCAACUUGCAGCAUUCUCCUAUAGUCUAGUGUAUAACUGUGUACACACUUUAACUGUGUACAGCUAACUGGUAGCUUUUCACAUGAAAUUCCUAACUCCAGCACUUGAGGUAGAAGCAGGAGAAUCAGGAGUUCAAGGCCAACCUGGCUCGCCUUCCCUUGUCUCCAAAUUAAUAAAGUACAGAAAGCAAAAUGAGGAUAUUUUUAUUUUUUAAUUAGAGUAUUUUAAAAUAAAACUUAGUUUCAUAUGUUUAUGUAUAUUCUGCUAAAUCAGUGUGGCCUGGUGUCACAGAGUAAUACAUAUUCAACCUUUUCCAUUGUUACUUGCCAAAGUUACUUCUGAAAGACUUAAAUAGCUUAGGCAGUAUGUUUGAAUUGUAAGAGGGAAUGCUCUUACAACUAUAUGUCACAGGAAUAAAGUAUGAUUUUCCUUGA